AUGCACCACGGCGGCGGCCCGCAGAGCGCCCAGCACCAGCUGCAGCGGCCCAGGGCCUUGGCCCCCAGCGAGGGCGAGGAACAGCAGGCCCGCCCGAACCCGCCCCAGUCCCCGGCCGCACCCUUCGCGCCUUCCGCCAGCCCGUCCGCACCGCAGUCUCCCGGGUUCCAGGUUCAGCAGCGCAUGAAUAGGAGCCCCGUGGCGGGACAGAACGUGAACAUCGCCCUGCAGAGUGUCGGCCCGGUGGUGGGAGGAAACCCGCAGAUCACGCUCGCUCCUCUUCCGCUCCCCAGCCCGGCUUCUCCAGGCUUCCAGUUUGGCGCCCAGCAGAGGCGCUUUGAGCAUGGGUCUCCGUCGUACAUCCAGGUCACCUCGCCACUGUCCCAGCAGGUGCAGACUCAGAGUCCCACCCAGCCCAGUGCCGGGCCGGGGCCGGGCCUGCAGAGCGUGCGGGCUGGCACCCCUGGCCCUGGCCUGGGCCUCUGCAGCAGCAGCCCCACCGGGGGCUUUGUGGAUGCCAGCGUGUUAGUGAGGCAGAUGAGCUUGAGCCCAUCUAGUAGUGGGCACUUUGUGUUUCAGGAGAGCCCCGGCCUCGCCCAGAUGGCCCCGGGCACCCAGGUGCAGCUGCAGCACGCGGGGGCUCCCAUCGCGGUCCGGGAGCGGAGACUGUCGCAGCCCCACGCGCAGUCUGGGGGCACCGUCCACCACCUGGGGCCCCAGAGCCCCGCGGCCGCGGGUGCGGCUGGCCUGCAGCCCCUGGCCAGCCCCGGCCACAUCGCCACAGCAAGCUUGCCGCCCCAGAUCAGCAGUAUCAUCCAGGGCCAGCUGGUCCAGCAGCAGCAGGUGCUGCAGGGGCCGCCGCUGACCAGACCCCUGCUCCCGGGAGUCGGGCUUGGGGGGGCUUCGGCCUUCGGGAUGACCUCCCCGCCGCCCCCCACCAGCCCCUCCAGGACUGCAGUGCCCCCGGGCCUCUCCAGCCUUCCUCUCACAUCUGCGGGGAGUGCAGGCGUGAGGAAGGCCCCCAAGAAGUUGGAGGAGAUCCCCCCGGCCUCUCAGGAGCUGGCGCAGAUGAGGAAGCAGUGCUUGGACUACCACUACCGCGAAAUGGAGGCGCUGAAGGAGGCCUUCAAGGAGUACCUGAUCGAAUUGUUCUUCUUGCAACACCUUCAAGGGAACAUGAUGGACUUCUUGGCUUUCAAGAAGAAGCAUUAUGCCCCGUUGCAAGCUUAUCUUAGGCAGAAUGAUUUGGACCUGGAGGAGGAGGAGGAGGAGGAUGAGGAGGAGGAGGAGGAGGAGGAAGAAAAGUCUGAGGUUAUCAACGAUGAGCAGCAAGCGCUGGCGGGGGCCCUUGUGGCGGGGGCUGCAAGUGUGGCAGAGACGGACCCCUUUAAGAGGCAGCAGGCGGGGACCCCGGCAGAGCCGUCUAAGCGGCCUCGGCUUGAGGUGGGCCACCAGGGGCCAGUUUUCCAGCACCCGGGGGCGAACGCAGGGGUUCCUCUUCAGCAGCUCAUGCCCACGGCUCAAGGAGGAAUGCCUCCGGCCCCUCAAGCCGCCCAGCUCACCGGACAGAAGCAAAGCCAGCAGCAGUACGACCCAUCCACGGGGCCCCCGGUGCAGAAUGCCGCCAGCCUGCACACCCCACCGCCGCAGCUCCCCGGCAGGCUGCCCCCCGCUGGCCUCCCCACCGCGCCCCUCCCGCCGGCACUGCACUUUCCUCAGCAGCCUCCGGCGGUGGAGCCUCACGUGCAGCUCCAGGUCCCUGCGAAGACACCACAGCCGAAUGCCUCUAUCCCCGUGCCCUCGCCCAGCCAGCUGCCGGCGCCGCCGCCGCAGCCCGUGCCGCAGUCCCUGCAUGCCCCGAUGCCUGGGAAGGCUCAGAUGCAGGCCGCUCAGCUCUCAUCCCAGCCCCAGGCGGCGGCGUCGACAAGACCGCCCACGGACCCUGCCCAGCCCUGUCAGCGACCCCCGCCGGCGGCCUCUUCUGCCUCGUCCGUGGCUCCUGCCAGCGGCUCGGGCCCGUCGCCGGUACGGGUCUCUGCAGGGAAUAGACCCUCCUCGGCAGCCAGCAAGUCACUGUCUCCGGGCACCUCCCGGUCCCUGGGGACAGCUGCGUCCGCACCGCCCAAACCCCAGAGCCCAGCUCAGAACGCCGUCCCGCCCCAAGACAGCUCUCAGGACAAGCUGGCAGAACAGAUAGCGCUGGAAAACCAGAUCCAUCAGCGGAUAGCAGAUUUGAGGAAAGAAGGUCUGUGGUCCCUCAGGCGGUUGCCCAAACUGCAGGAGGCCCCACGCCCCAAGUCGCACUGGGACUAUCUGCUGGAGGAGAUGCAGUGGAUGGCCACGGACUUUGCCCAGGAGAGGAGGUGGAAGAUGGCCGCGGCCAGGAAGCUCAUCAGGACGGUGGUGCGUCACCACGAGGAGAAGAAGCUGCGUGAGGAGAGGGGAAGGAAGGAGGAGCAGAACCGAUUGAGACGCAUUGCGGCCUCCACCGCCCGAGAAAUAGAGUGUUUUUGGUCAAAUAUUGAACAGGUCGUGGAGAUAAAACUACAAGUAGAAUUGGAAGAGAAAAGGAAAAAAGCCUUAACUUUACAGAAGGUGCCCAGGAGAGGAAAAGAGUCGAGGCCUCAGGGGCUGGAUGCACUGCCGGAAGCUUUCCUGGAGUCGGGGUUGUCUGGAAGGAAGAGGAAAGCUAGCACAUCUCUGACUGAUGAUGAAGUGGAAGAUGAGGAGGAGACCAUAGAAGAGGAAGAAGCAAACGAGGGGGCUGUGGACCACCAGGCAGAGCUGUCCAAUUUAGCCAAAGAAGCUGAAUUGCCCUUAAUUGACUUGAUGAAGUUGUACGAAGGAGCUUUUCUGCCCAGUUUCCAGUGGCCGCAACCGAAGCCCGACAGUGAGGAGGCGAGCGAAGAAGAAGAUGUGGAAGGCGCCCCGGGCGACCGAGAGGGCCGGAAGGAUGUGGUUCUCAUAGACUCGCUGUUCAUCAUGGACCAGUUCAAAGCUGCGGAGAGAAUGACUCUUGGGAGCCCUCACGCAAAGGACAUCGCGGAGGUGACCGCUGUGGCCGAAGCUGUCCUGCCCAAGGGCAGUGCCCGGGUCAGCCCCACGGUGAAGUUGAACGCGCCAUCUUUGUUGUACGGCGCGCUCAGGGACUACCAGAAGAUUGGCCUGGACUGGCUCGCCAAACUCUACCGGAAGAACCUCAACGGCAUCCUGGCGGACGAAGCUGGGCUGGGCAAGACGGUGCAGGUCAUUGCUUUCUUUGCCCACCUAGCUUGCAACGAAGGCAACUGGGGCCCUCAUCUCGUGGUCGUGAGAGGCUGUAACAUUCUCAAGUGGGAGCUCGAGCUGAAGCGGUGGUGCCCCGGGCUCAAAACUCUGCUAUAUGUUGGCAGCCAUAGAGAACUGAAAGCCAAGAGACAGGAGUGGACGGAGCCCAACAGCUUCAAUGUGUGCAUCGCGCCCUACAAGCACUUCUUCAGGGGCUAUGCAGCCUUCACGCGUGUGCGGUGGCGCUGCCUGGUCAUCGACGAGAUGCAGCGUGUCCGCGGCAUGACCGAGAGGCACUGGGAGGCCGUGUUCACCCUGAGGAGCCAGCAGCGCUUGCUGCUGAUCGACGCGCCCCUGCACAACACCUUCCUGGAGCUCUGGACCAUGGUGCACUUCCUCAUCCCCGGCAUCUCCAGGCCCUACCUGCACCUGCCCCUGAAGGCCCCGAACGACGAGAAUCAGGACUACUACCACAAAGUGGUCAUACGGCUGCACCGGGUGACGCAGCCCUUCAUCUUGAGGAGAACUAAGAGAGACGUGGAGAAGCAGCUGACAAAGAAGUACGAGCACGUGCUAAAGUGUCGCCUGUCGAGCCGGCAGAAGGCCUUGUACGAGGACGUGAUCCUGCAGCCCGGGACUCAGGAGGCGCUGAAGAGCGGCCACUUCGUGGACGUGCUGAGCAUCCUGCUGCGGCUGCAGAGGAUCUGCAACCACCCCGGGCUGGUGGAGCCCCGGCUCCCGGAGUCGUCGUACACGGCGGGGCCUCUGCAGUACCGCUCGGCCUCCCUCGUCCUCAAGGCGCUCGACAGGGACUCCUGGAAGGAAACGGAUCUCUCUAUAUUUGAUCUUAUUGGCUUAGAGAACAAAAUGACCCGCCACGAAGCAGAACUGCUCUGUAAGAAGAAGGUGACGCGGAAGCUCCUGGACGAGCUGUAUGCCGCGCCGUCCCCGUCGGGCAGGCCGGCGACCCUCAGACUGAAGCCCAGCAGGUUGUUUCAGCCCGUGCAGUACGGCCAGAAGCCCGAGGGUCGCACCGUGGCUUUCCCCAGCACACACCCGCCCCGGACGGCGGCCUCUGCUGCAGCCACGGCCACUCCUCAGGGCCAUGUGAGAGGACGGCCACCGGUUGCCACGUUCUCUGCCAAUCCAGAUGCAAAAGUGGCGGCAGCCCCGUUUCAGAGCUCCCAGGCCUCCGCCGGCGCGCCCGCUCCGAGACAGCCGCCCGCCUCGACCUCCGGCGCAGCACCCGCCCCGGCCCAUCCUGCGAAACCGCGGGCCCGCCCCCGCCCCCGCCCCCGGGCCCCCCCGCACCCGGCGGGGCCGAGCGCGCUGCCUCAGGGGCUGGUGCUCACCUCGCAGGCUCAGGCGCGCCUGCCCAGUGGGGAGGUGGUCAAAAUAGCCCAGCUGGCUUCCCUGGCGGGGCCGCAGAGCCGGGUCGCCCAGCCAGAGACCCCGGUGACGCUGCAGUUUCAGGGGAACAAGUUCACCUUGUCGCACAGCCAGCUGCGGCAGCUCACCGCAGGCCAGCCGCUGCAGCUGCAAGGCAGCGUUCUUCAGAUCGUGUCCGCUCCGGGGCAGUCCUACCUGCGACCGCCAGGCCCCGUGGUGAUGCAGACCAUGUCUCAAGCGGGAGCCCUCAACGCCCUGGGAAGCAAGCCCCCGGCCGGUGGCCCGGGCCCAGCCCCCGUGACUGCGCCAGCUGGUGUGCCCGGGCGAGUGGCGGUCAACCCCUCGCCUGCUGGAGAACCCGGAAUGGCCUCCAAACCGGCCUCCCCUGUCGGAGGGCCAACCCAGGAGGAGAAGAGCAGAUUUCUGAAGGAGCGACUGGACCAGAUCUACUUUGUCAACGAGCGGCGCUGCUCGCGGGCCCCCGUCUACGGCCGAGAUCUGCUGCGGAUUUGUUCCGUGGUCGGCCGAGAGCAGACGCCUUGGCCCGGGACUUCUGACAGCAGCCCGCAGAAGGGGGCCGGGCCAGCGGGCGGGUACAUUCCACCCUCCCACGGUCAGAAGGACCUGAUUCUGACGCUGACCCAGCGGCAAGCCUGCCUGCAGGAUGUCAUCGACAGAGUGGUGUGUGUGAUCCCUCCGGUGGUGGCUGCGCCCCCGUCCCUGUGGGUGGCAAGGCCGCCGUCGCUCUACAGCCGCAGGAUGAGCCUCCUGAGGCACCGCCUGCGAGAGCACACGGCGCCCUACGCGCAGCAGCUGCGGCGGAUGACGGCGCUGCGCUCCCUCCGGUUUCCGGAGCUCCGACUGGUGCAGUUCGACUCAGGAAAGCUCGAAGCUUUAGCCAUCUUGCUUCAGAAGUUGAAGUCUGAGGGACGUCGAGUGCUGAUCUUGUCGCAAAUGGUUCUCAUGUUGGACAUUUUAGAAAUGUUCUUGAACUUCCAUUAUCUCACCUACAUCAGGAUCGACGAGAACGCGAACAGCGAGCAACGGCAGGAGCUGAUGAGGAGUUUCAACAGGGACAGGAGGAUCUUCUGUGCCAUUCUGUCGACCCACAGCCGUGCCACAGGUGUGAGCCUGGUGGAGGCUGAUGCAGUGGUGUUUUAUGACAAUGACCUGAAUCCCGUGAUGGACGCCAAGGCCCAGGAGUGGUGCGAGCGGAUCGGGAGGCGCAAGGAUGUCCACAUCUACAGGCUUGUGAGUGGUAAUUCCAUUGAAGAGAAGCUUUUGAAAAACGGAACCAAAGACUUGAUCCGGGAAGUAGCCGCACAGGGCAAUGACUACUCCAUGGCCUUCCUGACACAGCGGACCAUCCAGGAGCUGUUUGAGGUGUGCUCUCCCACUGACGAUGCCGGCUUCCCAGUGAAGGCGGAGGAGUUCGUGGUCCUCUCUCAGGAGCCUUCUGCCACAGAAAUCAUCGCCCCCAAAAUUGCAAGACCUUUCAUUGAGGCCCUUAAGAGCAUCGAGUAUCUGGAGGAAGACGCCCAGAAACCUGAGGAGGAAGCCGUGCCGGGGGCGUCCGGCUCCGACAGCCCGAGGCGGAAGGAGGAGCCGUCGCAGCUGGAGGAGUUAGCGGACUUCAUGGAACAGCUCACGCCUAUUGAGAAGUACGCGCUGAAUUACCUGGAGUUGUUCCACGCGCCGGCUGGCCCCGACAAGGAGGGAGCCGGGGAGGACGCCGUGCUGACCGCCGUGAGGGAGUGGGAGGCCCAGAACGCGAGGGCGCUGCGGGAGAGGGAGGCGCGGGCGCUGCGGGAGCAGGAGCAGGAACAGCUUCUCACCUACACCAGGGAGGACGCCUACAACGCGGAGUACGUGUGCGAAGGUGCCGACGGGCAGGUGGAGGUCAUGCCGCUCUGGACGCCGCCCACGCCACCCCAGGAUGACAACGACAUCUACGUGGACCCAGUCCUGUGUCUCACGUACGAAACCACGCCCAUCCCAGAGUCCAAGCUGCCUCCUGUGUACGUGAGGAAGGAGCGCCGGCGGCACCGCACGGACCCCUCAGUUGCAGGCAGGAAGAAGAAGCAGCGCCACGGGGAGCCGGUUGUCCCCCCUCGCUCGCUGUUCGACCGCGCCACGCCCGGCAUGUUGAAAAUGCGCCGGGAAGGGAAGGAGCAGAAAAAGAAUAUUCUGUUGAAGCAGCAGACACAGUUUGCCAAGCCACUGCCGACUUUUGCCAAACCAACAGCCGAGUCGGGCCCAGACAACCCCGAGUGGCUCAUCAGUGAAGACUGGGCGCUGCUGCAGGCCGUGAAGCAGUUGCUGGAGCUGCCUCUGAACCUGACCAUCGUGUCUCCGGCCCACACGCCCAACUGGGACCUCGUUAGCGACGUCGUCAACUCCUGCAGCCGCAUCUACCGCUCUUCCAAGCAGUGCCGGAGCCGCUAUGAGAACGUGCUCAUUCCCAGGGAGGAGGGCAAGAGUAAGAACAACCGGCCCCUGCGCACCGGCCAGAUGUACGCCCAGGACGAGAACGCCACGCACACGCAGCUGUACACGAGCCACUUCGACCUGAUGAAGAUGACAGCCGGCAAGAGAAGCCCCCCCAUCAAGCCUCUGCUUGGCAUGAAUCCCUUUCAGAAAAACCCCAAGCACGCCUCCGUGUUGGCAGAAAGCGGGAUCAACUACGACAAGCCGCUGCCUCCCAUUCAGGUCGCGUCUCUCCGAGCAGAGCGAAUUGCCAAAGAGAAGAAGGCGCUGGCUGAUCAGCAGAAGGCGCAGCAGCCGCCCGUGGCGCAGCCCCCGCCGCCUCCGCCGCAGCCGCAGCCCCCGCCGCCGCAGCAGCCGCCCCCGCCUCUGCCCCAGCCCCAGGCAGCCGGCAGCCAGCAGCCUGCAGGCCCGCCGGCCGUCCAGCAGCAGGCUCCGGCGCAGCCGCAGGCGCCCCCCGCACAACCCCCACCGAAGGUGCCCCCGGCGAUCACCACCGUGGGCAGCGCUGCCGUGCUGGCGGGAGCCAUGAAAACGUCUGUCACGGGGACGAGUAUGCCAACGGGCACGGUGAGCGGAAACGUCAUCGUGAACACCAUCGCGGGGGUCCCUGCCGCCACCUUCCAGUCCAUUAACAAGCGCCUCGCUUCACCUGUGGCACCGGGAGCCUUGACUACCUCCGGAGGCUCUGCUCCAGCCCAGGUGGUCCACACCCAGCCUCGCGCCGUCGGCUCCCCGGCCACGGCCACGUCCGACCUUGUGUCUCUGGCACCAACCCAAGGUGUUCGAGCGGUUACCUCUGUGACAGCCUCAGCCGUGGUAACUACCAGCCUGACCCCAGUGCAGACUCCGACCCGGUCUUUGGUGACUCAGGUGUCCCAAGCCACAGGGGUGCAGCUGCCCGGGAAGGCCAUCACUCCCGCACACUUCCAGCUGCUCCGGCAGCAGCAGCCGCCGCCGCCCCCACCGCCGCCCUCUCAGGUGCAGGUCCCACAGAUCCAGGGCCAGGCCCCAUCACCAGCACAGAUCAAGGCUGUCGGCAAGUUGACUCCGGAACAUCUGAUCAAAAUGCAGAAGCAGAAACUGCAGCUGCCCCAGCAGGCCCCCCCACCGCAGGCCCCGCCAGGGCCCCCACAGCCCGCUACACAAGUGCAAGUGCAGGCCCCGCCACCCACGCCGCAGCAGAGCCCCCAGCUGGCCACGGUCACGGCCCCGCGGCCCGGAGCCCUGCUCACGGGCACCACCGUGGCCAACCUCCAGGUGGCCCGGCUCACCCGGGUUCCCCCUUCGCAGCUGCAGGCGCAAGGGCAGAUGCAGGCUCAGGCGCCCCAGCCCGCGCAGGUGGCACUGGCCAAGCCUCCCGUGGUGUCGGUGCCGGCGGCCGUGGUCUCCUCGCCCGGUGUGACGACCCUGCCCAUGAACGUCGCCGGGAUCAGCGUGGCCAUCGGACAGCCGCAGAAAGCCGCAGGACAGACCGUCGUGGCGCAGCCUGUGCACGUACAGCAGCUGCUGAAGCUGAAGCAGCAGGCCGUGCAGCAGCAGAAAGCCAUCCAGCCCCAGGCGGCCCCGGGCCCGGCCGCCGUCCAGCAGAAGAUCGCCGCACAGCAGAUUGCUGCUCAGGGCCAACCACAGAAGGUCACCUAUGCCACCCAGCCAGCCCUCAAAACGCAGUUCCUUACCACACCCAUCUCCCAGGCCCAGAAACUGGCUGGGACCCAGCAGGUGCAGACCCAGAUCCAGGUUGCCAAACUCCCUCAAGUGGUCCAGCAGCAGACACCCGUGGCCGGCAUCCAGCAGGUGGCCUCUGCUUCCCAGCAGGCCUCCCCGCAGACUGUGACCCUGACUCAGGCGACGGCGGCCGGGCAGCAGGUGCAGAUGAUCCCCACGGUGACGGCGACCGCGCAGGUGGUGCAGCAGAAGCUCAUGCAGCAGCAGGUGGUGCCCACGGCGGCGGGCCAGCUGCAGAACCCCGGCGUCGCUGCCCCCGCCCAGGUGCCGGCCAGCUCUGACAGCCCUGGCCAGCAGCCCAAGCUGCAGAUGCGAGUCCCUGCAGUCCGGCUGAAGACGCCCGCCAAGCCCCCGUGCCCCUAGUCGCAGCGGCGGGCUGACCUCGGGGCGGGCCACUGGGCACUCCACUGCCGAGUCAGGAGC